CUGCCGUGGCCGCCCAGUGGUCGGUGUUACUGAGUGUUCCCUGAGGUGUUGCUGCCGUGGUGUUCCCUGGGGUGUUGCCAGUGAGUGCGCCGUGUGGAGUCCUGUAGAUCAGUGCGACACGACCAACGAUGGUGAAGUGUGUAUUGUUGGUGGUGGUGGUGGUGUUCUGCGGUCUUGCUCAAGCAGGGCAAUCACAUGAAAAUAAAGUUGAAGUGGAAAAGACCAAAGGCAAUACUUUAGAUGACUCAGGCUUGAGCAAGAAAGAGGAGAAGAAUCAUGUGAAGGAAGAGAGUAAACAGGACAAGGAGGAACAUGAGGAAGGUGACAAAAAAGAAGAGGAAGAGGUGUUGGAGGGCGUGAGGGCGCGUGUGGUGGUGGGUGUGGAGACCGGAUGGCAAAAGGGCCGAGUUGAGGAGACCCAGCUCGUUGCUUCUGCCCAAGCCUUUGGCUACGACAUCCAGGUGCAGGGGGGCAGUGAGGUGGCGGCCUGUGACAACCUCGACCUGGAUUACCACCUCAUAAUUUACCUGCCCAGGAGUGAAGGAGUGAUACAGAGGGAGGCUAGAUGGUUAGCUCGAGCCCUUCAAGACGCUGGAGCCACCAUCUUCAUCCCACCCAACCCAGCCAUCAACGCCUUGGUGGGGUGGCGGCGGGCGGUACAACAGGCUGCGCAGGACGCGGGGGUCGACUCCCUGGCGCACCUCGUGCAACAUCUCCACUCCUCGGCCCAGCUGCGCAGUAACCACCGCGCGCAGAUAGACACGCACAGUAGGGUGUUCCAUGUCCUCGAUGAUAACUCCAGGGUGAGCAGUGAUGUGUUUAGUGUGGACGGUGACGUGUCUAGUGAGGGCGACAACGUGUCUAGUGAGGGUGACAACGUGUCUAAUGAGGGCGACAACGUGUCGAGUGAGGGUCUACACCUCGACGUGACGGAGGACAGGUACGAGCUGAAGGUGGAGGGCCACGCCCCGUCUGUACUCCUGGCCACGCCCACCAGUGACCACGCCCGUGCUCUCCUACUGUCUCUCUCCGACUACCUGACGCAGGAGCACCUUCCCGGCCGCGGGUGUCGCGCAUGCGCCCCUGAGGGAGAACCGACCCGGGCAGCGGUAGCGCCGGAGGUGGUGAUGGUAGGUGUGUUGAUCCGGGAACCUCAAGCCUUCCUCAACAUCAGCCUCCGCUCCCUUCUCUUCCACGGCAUACACCCUAAACACGUCCAUUUCUACGUCCACAGUCAGGUGGAGGAGUACCAGGACGUGGUAGAAGGCUUCGUGGAUACCCUCCGUCGAGAGGUGAAGCAUGUGACGCUGUUCAAACCUCACGGGGGAGUCGUAGACGAGGCUCAAGUUCGAUAUAUGCUUCUAGAGGAGUGUUUGCGACUCGGAUGUAACUGGUACCUGCAUGUGGACUCCACAGCCUACCUCAACCCUAACAUUCCCGCCAUGUUAAUGAAUACAGAACACCCAGUUCUGGCUCCCGUUCUCAGAAUACAGCAAGGGCCGGAAGCAUCGUUCUGGCGUGGCAUGGAGGCUGGGAAGCCCAGGCUUUCCUGGGACCACGCCCACAUCCUCAGUGACCAGCCAGGAGCCAGAGGCUACUGGCAUGCCUCCUGCAUCCGAGGAGUCUACGCCGUCCGCCAUGACAUCCUGGAGCGCCUCGUCUCUGCCUAUACCCACAGCUCUGGGAGCUACCCUGACCCCGACCUGGUCUUCUGCAGCACUCUGAGGGAGGCUGGGGUGCCCAUGGUGGUAAUGACGGCUGUUCCCAACACUGGAGUCAUGGUCAACACCACCAGUCAUAACAUCAAUACUCCAGACUUUCUUGCCUUCCAGUCCAAUCCUCUGCUGUGGCAGCUGGAGUACCUGAGCAAGACCUGGAACGCCAUCAUGACUGGGAACUUCUCCGAGAUCAAGAGGCCGUGUGAUGAGGUGUACCAGUACCCAACGUUCACACUCCGCUUCGCUAAGGACCUGAUCAACAUCGCCAACAGUGCUGACAAGUGGUCCCCUGCACGCACUCAGGAUCCGAGAAAGGAAACUGGAACCGAGGCUGUCCCAACGGUGGAUCAGUGGACCUCACAGCUCGGGUUGGACCACUUGAUGGAGUGGCUUUUUGCUGGCACCUUCAAGAACCAUCAUAUACUCUCUUUCCCAUCUAGUCUCCAAGAGGAGAUGGUUCUUUCUCUUGUGGCUAGGUUCCAGCCAGGUGAAGUUGCUGGCUUGCCCCAGCAUCACGAUGCCGCGGCAGUCACCUUCCAUAUCUACCUAACACCCUCACAUCUCUACCAGGGUGGUGAGAUGGAGUUCCCAAAACAGAAGUGCAGUUUGAAGCCCGAGGUGGGUGAUGUUCUGGUGUUCCCAGGGCGCCUUACCCAUCCUAAAAUCCUACAUAAUGUCACAGAAGGCACCCUCCACAAGUUGAUCUUCCAUAUGGACACCCCCAGUAUGAAAACCAGCUAGUAAUCAUACUUUAACCAACCAAGGCUGAGUUUUGUCUGUCAGUUUCACUUCAUUUCAUUUUAACCUUAUAGGGCAGAGCACAGUUAUCAACCUUGAACUGUGUUGGCAUGUGAUUUCAUAGCUAUACGUUAGACUACAAACCUUAAAAUUACAAUGCUACGUUAUUUCAAGAUUACAUUGUUUUAAGUUCAGGAGGUAAACUCAUUUACUUAAUAUAGUACAACAAAAUUUAAAUUUAGCUCAUUCUAAUUUACUUACAUCGUUUUUUAAUGAAUUAAGUUUACUUUACAGUUCUUAAUUUUUAUUUAGCUUGCUGCACCUGUUCUAUGCAAUUCAGCUAAAAAUUUAUUCUUCAAGACUAUAUUGAAUACCGUACAUGCAAAAUUAAUCACUAUACCAUUU